UUUGGAUGAUUGGAUGUGAUGUUGGUUUGGCUAAUUGGCUGAUUACGUGUAGUGCUAUACAUGUAGAUUGAGAGAGGGGGGGCUGAGAACUGUUGCGUAUAAUUACUGUGUACUGAGCUGAUGUGUUGAUUGGUUCGGAUUUGGUCGAUCAUUUUGAAGUUGUUGUGAUAGGUUGUGGAGUUUUGUUUCUGGUUUAGUGUGAGUGAUUAUGGCAGAUAAGAACAAAGGAGUAUUGACUGAAGUCGUAUCUACAUCUUCUAAUCGUUUGACUGAGGAAAAAUUAGCUGGGAUCACCAACUUUCAGCAUUGGAAGAGAAUUGUGGUGAUAGUAUUGACCGGAAGAGAGCAAAAUCACCAUUUGACAGGUGCACGAACUGCUGCUGAUACUAAAUGGGAUACCAUGGAUGCCAGAAUUCUUGGGCAAAUGUGGAAUUCUAUGGAAUCUCACGUGGCUGCCUUAGUUACACAUGCCACUACUGUUAAGGAUUUGUGGGAUUACUUGAAUGUUCUUUAUUCUGGGGAAAAUAAUCUCUCAAGGAUCUAUGAAAUCUCCCAAGAUUUCUUUAGAGCUGACAGAAAGAAUCGGUCUCUUACUCAAUUUUUUGCUGAUUUUAAACAAAUGUAUGAGGAGUUUAAUCAUCUUUUGCCAAUUACGUCUGAUGUUAAGACGAUGCAGGAGCAACGAGAACAAUUGGCUGUUAUGGGAUUUUUGGGAGCACUUGGACCAGAGUUCGAUGCAGUUCGUUCACAAAUUCUUGGAGGAAAUAAUGUGCCUUCACUAACGGAGACCUUUUCUCGGGUCUUAAGGGUUUCACGUGAGUCAUCUAAGGAUAUAUCCCCCACAGGUGAUAGUUCUGCCUUGGCAGUCCAAGGAAAUCGAGGUGGUGGUCAAGGUCGUGGUGGUGGUCGUAGUGGCCGUGGCUUUAAUAGUGGUGGUAGUGGCCGUGGGUUCAAUAGAGGCCAAUCAUAGUCAUACGGUAGCAUCUCUAGUGACAAAGGGAGUAAUACCGGACUUGCACGAACAUGUCAUUAUUGUGGUAUGCCUGGACAUAUUCAGCGUUUUUGCUAUAAGCUUCAUGGAAAGCCCCCUCAUUCGGCUGUCGCUAAUGUAGCCAAUGCAGUAGAGUUGGGUGUUUCUUCGCAGUCUUCUGAAGGAGGAACACUAAUUAGAAUGUCAGAAGAGGAACUUGCUAGGUACAAUCAGUUCCAGAUUUCUCAGCCAGUUUCCUCUUCCACAGCUACUUUUGCUCAGACAGUUAAUGCAACAGCAUGUCUUUCAUCUACCUCUCGCCCCUGGGUCAUUGAUUCAUGUGCUACCGAUCAUAUGACUGGAUCUUCAGGAUUUGAAGACGAAGAAGACGAUUGGUAAAGGACAUAUGUCAGGGGGACUAUAUGUGUUUGAUAAUGCUACCAGUGUAGCUUGUUCAGCAGUUUCUCCACAUCAAGUUCACUGUCGCUUGGGACAUCCCUCUUUAGCAAGUUUGAAGAAAAUUGAUUCUCGGUUUCAUUCUUUAUCUAGUUUUGAGUGUGAGUCGUGUCAGUUUGGAAAAUUGCAUCGUAUUAGUUAUAGUCCAAGAGUCAAUAAACAGGCUUCUCGGCCGUUUUCUUUAGUUCAUUCUGAUGUUUGGGGUCCAUGUCCUACUGCUUCAAAGUUGGGUUUCAAGUACUUCGUGACUUUUGUAGAUGACUAUUCAAGAGCCACUUGGCUAUAUCUAAUGAAAAGUCGUUCUGAAUUAUU